AUGGGCGAAUACAUCAUGAAUCGGUCGUUGCGAGCGGAUUCGCAACAGCCGCCUGUCGGCGAAGCCAUCUUGGUUCGAUGCCCCUCUCAUGCGCUGAAUCGACUGCGGACUCUCAACGAAGCGGAAGUCAUUACGCUCUUCACUCCUGUCGUCCCCCAUUUGCCAUCAACAUCGCUGGUCAGGGAUAUGGACCCUUUUGAACCCUUGGGACGUGCAUUGCCGAGACAAGUCCGUCAUGUCCCGUUCCGCAUGGAUCUCGGUAUGACCGAGUUACAUCCCUACUUCUUACCCGCAAGCGGAGUUGUCGUGGUAGUCAUCUGCGCUACGGAGAACGUGCUCGGCCACAACCCGGAUGCCUUUGAGCGGCAGCUCCAAUUUGCUCGAAACAUCACUGCCAGGGUCGAGAAGGAUGUCUCGAUGGUCACGGUUCCUUUCGUGCUGGUUGUGAUCUGCGGCGCCACCAAAUCGGCGACAUUUGCACACGCUGUGCGCGACUUCCCAGCAGUUAUGACAAUGGACGACUACACGCCCCCUACGCUCGAGCGUGCCGCUUGUGUUCUGUUUGGAUGA